ACUUGACCCGGUGCUCAAUGUCCAACUCGGAGGAAUCUAAUGCGCGGCUCCAAGAGCUCAUACAAAAGGUUGUCACGACGGUGAAGGAGAAACCUGCCAACUCUGUGGCUGCUCCCGGGACUUAUGAAGCCAAAUCAUCUGUCGAGAACGCCUUCAGGUUAGGUGGCCAGUCCGCUAUCGUUGGAACUAUCGCUGCUGGUCUCCGCAACACCCUCGCCGGAAAGAAUGCAGGCAUCAUUCUGCCCAUUGGCCUCUUCACCGCUGUGGGAGCAACAUAUGCGUUCACGGAAGCUACCGUCGCCAAUGCAAGAGAGGUGGACGACUCAAUAAACAGUGCUGCUGGCGCUUGUGCAGCUGGCUUCCUGCUCGGUCUCUCACAACGAUCGUUACCUAUGGCUGUCGGGACAUGCUCUGUCAUGGGAUCUUUUGCCUACUUGCAACAAUACACCAAGACGGAUGGCCACGGAGUGAAGAAACCAGACGCGGAGAAGUCGUUCUUCAAAUCUUCCUCUCCUUUUGACGAUGUAAAAGUAUGAAUGGCAUCCCAUCAUCUAGACGCGCGCCUCAUUGCGCAAUUGGACUGCUGAGGCACGCAGCCCGCUGUGCCGUAUCUCGUCGCCACACGAUGUGUUGUGUAGUCGGACCAACAAACUAAUCCUGCGUCUCGUUCUGGACCAGUUUUUCAUACAACCGUG